AUGGAUCCAGGAAAAUCAGUUGAUGAGAAAUUCAGCAAGUUGCAUACAAGAUUACCUGUAGACACUAGGAUUGGCAUAGUUGGAGCAGGGCCAAGUGGCUUAUCAGCAGCAUAUGCACUAGCUAAGCUAGGAUAUCACAAUGUAACUGUGUUUGAGAAAUGCCAGAAUGUUUCAGGGAUGUGCGAGUCCAUUGACAUCGAAGGAAGGACGUAUGAUUUGGGAGGACAAGUUAUAGCAGCAAACAGUGCCCCUGUUAUAACUCACCUGGCAAAGGAACUAGGUUCUGAAUUUGAAGAGAUGGAUUCACACAAGCUUGCUCUGAUUGACAGCAAAACAGGAAACAUAAGAGAUCUUGAAGUGGCUGAGGACUAUGUAUCCAUGGUAUCUCUGACGCUAAAAUUACAGGAUGAGGCAAAUAGGUCAGGGCGAGUGGGAAUUCAUGCUGUCAGUGGAUUGGCCUCAGAUCCAACUCUUGAGUUCUUGAAGCAACAUGGAUUGAGUUCAGUGCCAAAAUCUGUAGCAUACGGUUACACUGCUUCUGGCUAUGGUUUUGUUCAAGACAUGCCAUAUGCUUUCAUACAGGAGUUUACUAGAACCUCUAUGGCUGGCAAGAUCCGGCGUUUCAAGCAUGGUUACAUGAGCUUAUGGGAGAAACUUAGUCAGUCAUUACCGUUUGAAGUUCUUUGUGGCACGGAGAUUCUGAGAGUCAAGCGUGACAGCUGCGGCGCAAGUGUACAUAUCAAGAACAACAAUAAUGACAUAGAAGUUAGGGAGUUUGACAAAAUCAUAUUGUCAGGUUCUAUUGCUUUCAAGAAUGGUAAAACAUAUCGAUCUUUGAGUCUGACCGAUGGAGAAAAUGAAGUGGUAGAAUUGAAUGAUCUUGAAAGAGAACUAUUCAGUAAGGUACAGACAAUUGACUACUAUACUACUGUUGUUAAGAUUGAAGGAUUUGAGCACAUGCCAAAGGGCUUUUACUACUUUGGAGAAUACAUGGAGGAUCCAACAACAAUAGGGCAUCCAGUGGCAAUGCAAAGAUUCUUUGCUGACACAAAUGUUUUCUUGUUCUGGUCUUAUGGGAAUUCAGCAGACAUCAAGGGGUCAUAUGUGGCUAAGUGUGUAACUAAUGUUGUGACUUCUAUGGGGGGAACUGUGCAAAAUGUGCUUUUACAGCGGCGAUUCAAGUAUUUCCCUCAUGUCAGCAGUGAAGACAUGAAAAAUGGAUUCUACGAGAGGGUGGAGUCUCAGUUGCAAGGCUUUCAGAACACUUACUAUGUUGGAGGUCUGCUGGCAUUUGAGCUAACUGAAAGAAAUGCAUUAUACUCCAUUUCGUCUGUUUGUAAACACUUUGCCAUUGGCAGUGAGCUACCCCCGAUUCCUUAUGUUAAGAGAUUGUUUCCUCUGUCCAUAAGAAAUCCUUCACCUCCUAGAGAUAUUGGUGAGCUUGAAGGGGUUGAAUUCCCCGAUCUUCCAUCCCUGGAUGGAUAUUUGCAAUACUGGGGAACUCAUAAAGUCACUGCAAAGAAGGUUAUCUACACUUGGAUCAAUGAAGAAGGGAAGAUCAUGAAUCGUAGAACCUACCAAGAGCUUCAUGAUAAUGCAUCUCACAUUGCGUAUAAACUAUUGACAAGCACGAAGCCUAUUAUAAAGCCUGGUGACAGAGUUCUCCUUAUUCAUCUACCUGGUUUGGAGUUUGUUGAUGCAUUCUUCGGAUGCAUUAGAGCAGGAGUUAUACCAGUCCCAGUUUUGCCCCCUGACCCAAUGCAAAGGGGUGGUCAAGCGCUUCUGAAAGUUGAGAAUGUCUCUAAGGUGUGCAAUGCUGUGGCAAUUCUAUCCACCUCUUCAUACCAUGCUGCAGUACGCGCAGGCUAUGUCAAGAAUAUUGUCACUCUAGCAAAGAGUGCUCAGAAAUGCUCAGCUCAGUGGCCUGACCUCCCAUGGAUUCACACUGACUCAUGGAUAAAGAACUACCGGCGAAGUCCAGACAGCUACAACUUAGAAAGUGCUGAAUCUAUGAUUACCAAGCCCCAGCCAAGUGAAUUGUGCUUUCUACAAUUCACUUCGGGUUCCACUGGUGAUGCCAAGGGUGUGAUGAUAACACAUGGUGGACUAAUCCACAAUGUGAAGAUGAUGAAGAAGCGAUAUAGAAGUACCUCAAAAACUGUCCUUAUCAGUUGGCUUCCACAGUACCAUGACAUGGGUCUCAUAGGGGGUCUUUUCACUUCUCUUGUGAGUGGAGGAACUUCCAUUCUGUUUUCACCAAUGACAUUUAUCAGAAACCCCCUCCUGUGGCUGCAAACAAUAAAUGACUACCAUGGAACACACAGUGCAGGUCCAAACUUUGCAUUUGAACUGGUGAUAAGACGGCUUGAGGCCGAGAAGAACAAAACUUAUGACCUUUCUUCAAUGAUCUUUAUCAUGAUUGCAGCAGAGCCAGUAAGGCAAAAGACCAUCAAAAGGUUCGUAGAGUUGACCCAACCUUUCGGCUUUUCUGAAGGUGUACUUGCUCCUGGAUACGGCCUGGCUGAGAACUGUGUCUUUGUUAGCUGUGCCUUUGGUGAAUGCAAGCCCAUUUUCAUAGAUUGGCAAGGAAGAGUUUGUUGUGGGUAUGUUGAUCCAGAUGAUACAGAUAUUGUCAUCAAAAUUGUUGACGUAGACUCUUUGACAGAGCAUCAGGAGGAUGGUGCUGAGGGUGAGAUAUGGAUCAGCAGUCCUAGUUCUGGAGUUGGUUAUUGGAACAAUAAGGAAAUAAGCCAGAAAACCUUUUGCAAUCAGCUUAAGAAUUACCCUAACAAAAAUUUCACAAGAACUGGUGAUUUAGGACGGAUCAUCGGUGGUAAACUUUUUAUUACAGGAAGGAUCAAAGAUCUUAUCAUUGUUGCUGGUAGAAAUAUUUAUUCUGCAGAUGUGGAGAAGACAGUGGAAGGUUCUUCUGAUGUCCUUCGACCGGGCUGUUGUGCUGUUGUUGGUGUUCCUGAGGAAGUUUUAACCCAGAAAGGCAUCUCAGUUCCUGAUUCUUCUGAUCAGGUUGGACUUGUCGUGAUCGCUGAGGUUAGGGAGGGUAAAGCAGUCUCUGAAGAUAUCGCAGAUAACAUCAAAACACGUGUAGCGGAGGAGCAUGGAGUAACUAUUGCAUCUGUCAAGCUUAUCAAACCUAGAACCAUAUCCAAGACAACAUCCGGGAAAAUACGGAGAUUUGAGUGCAUGAAGCAGUUUGUUGAUAAUACUCUUAGCUUGGCAAAUAGUAACCAUAUAUCUAAGAGGAAGUCUCUUUUUCGUUCUCUCACUACAGGAACUGGCAUGGAAAUCAGGAGGCCCUCCUUGAAGCAGACUGUUGAUCCCACUGUUCGCCCUCAGACCAGAAGCAAAGUGAAAAACUUCAUGGAGAUUAUUGAGUUUUUAAUACAAUUAGUAUCAGAUCAAACAGGCAUUCCAAAGGAGAAAAUUUCCCCAACUGACAGCCUACCUUCCUAUGGCUUUGAUUCGAUUGCAGUGGUCCGAGCAGCACAGAAGCUCUCAGAUUUUCUUGGUACACCUGUUGGAGCAAUUGACAUCUUUACUGCAAGCUGCAUUUCAGAGCUUGCUAACUUCUUGGAGAAUCUGGUGCAUAAGUCGCAACCACAGCUGGCACCUCAGCCCAUAGGCAAAGUGAAAAUGUCCAAGGAGAUUAUUGAGUUUUUGAAACAGAUAGUAUCAGAUCAAACAGGCAUUCCAAAGGACAAAAUUUCUCCAACUGACAGUCUACCUUCUUAUGGUUUUGAUUCAAUCACAGUGGUCCGAGCAGCACAGAAACUCUCAGAUUUUCUUGGUAUUCCUGUUGGAGCCAUUGACAUUUUUACAGCAAGCUGUAUUGAUGAGCUUGCUACCUUCUUGGAGAAUUUGGUGCACAAGUCACAACCACAGUUGGAACCUGAUGUAUCUUGCUCCGCUGAGGAUGAGAAUCUAGUGAUUAUAGAUGCCAGUAGUUCAGAUCUCAGUGUGUUUGCUACUGGGACCCUCCAGCUCUUGGCUCUUACCUAUGUAUGUUUUAUCCUGUUACUCCCAGCAUAUAUUGCAAGUUCGAUGUAUAUGGGCAUGCUAUCUUCGGUCAGUCUGGUGAAAUUACCACUGCUGAGCUAUCUUAGUUCUUUGGUCCUGGCACCCAUUGCAUGGAUAUGUUAUGCCUUGUUCACCUCAUUAUCCCUGUCUAUCUUGGGGAAGUCAUUCCUUCAGCCAAAUUAUGUUCUAACCCCUGAUGUUUCGAUAUGGUCAGUUGAUUUUGUGAAAUGGUGGGCACUAAACAAGGCGCAAUCAUUAGCAGCAAACAUGCUAGCUGUGCAUCUAAAGGGUACAAUCUUCUUGAAUUACUGGUUCAAGAUGCAAGGAGCUCGGAUUGGGUCAUCUGUUGUCAUUGACACAAUAGACAUCACUGACCCAUCCUUACUAGCAGUCGCAGAUGGUGCAGUGGUUGCAGAAGGUGUUCUCAUUCUGGGCCAUGAAGUCCGUAAUGAAGUGCUGAGUUUUAGGCAUGUCAAGAUUGGCCAGAAGGCAUCAAUCGGCCCUUAUGCUGUUCUCCAGAAGGGCACCAUUGUGCACAAUGGUGUUGUGGUUCCACCGUUGCAAAAGACGGAACAAGGGAAAUUGACAUAUCUGGCUAGCAAAACUUCUGCAUGCAUGAAGGAAGAAGCAAGGAUAGCAGACAUGGCAUUUGAACACCUUGUUAGCAUCUAUGCAGUAGGCUUCCUGGGUGCUCUUUCAAGUGCAACAGUCUUCAUGCUGUACAGCCACUUCUCUGGUACCACGACUUCACUUCAGAACUUCUCCUUUGCAUGUAUUGCUGGUGCCUUCCACUGGUUACCAGCUGUCAUUGCUGCUUAUGCUGUGAUUGUCCGGGAGACAACCAUGAGCCCAGUGUCAUCUGCUCUCCUCCUCGCCUUCGCCUACUUGAGCUAUGGGAUCAUCCUCAGCCUUCUCACCAGUAUCACCAAGAAAGCUCUUGCUACAAGGUCAGGGGCCAAGAAUAAGGAUAUUGCAAGUUUGAUCCAGCGGCGCAUAACCAUCGCUGCGCACCUCAGAUUUGCAAAGAUGCUAUCUGGAACAGAAGCCUUCUGCAUGUAUUUGAGGCUUCUCGGAGCAAAUAUUGGCAGGCAUUGCUCUAUCCGAGCCAUCAAUCCAGUGGCAAAUCCUGAGCUGAUCAGCAUCGGCGAUGGGGUCCAUCUAGGUGAUUUCUGCAAUAUUGUUCCAGGGUUCUACUCGAAAGGGUUUGCCAGUGCGGUGAUAAAGGUCCAGGACAACACUGUGGUUGGCAGUGGCAGCUUGCUCCUCCCUGGCUCAGUCCUCCAAGAGAAUGUCAUCCUGGGAGCACUCUCUGUCGCACCACAGGGUUCGGUUCUCCAGCAAGGCGGCGUCUAUGUCGGCGCACAGUCUCUGACCUUGGUGAAGAACACCUUGAUCGAAGAAGAUGAGCGGAUUGAAGAGAUGGACCCGGUGUACAAGAAGAUUGUUGGGAACCUUGCGGCCAACCUGGCCAUCACUACCAUGAACGUCAAGUCAAGAUACUUCCACCGCAUUGGCGUCAGUGGGCGGGGCGUCCUGAGGAUGUACCAAGACAUCCCUUCCCUGCCCAAGCACAAGAUAUUUGGCGCCGGCAAGUCUUUCCCGGUGAUCGUCCGGCACAGCAACAGCCUCAGCGCAGACGACGACGCAAGGCUCGACGCACGCGGUGCGGCGGUGCGGAUCCUCUCGGACGACGGCGAGGUGCCUCUUCUUGACCUUACCCUGAAGAGCGGGAAGGCGUUCUACGCGCGCACCAUCGCCGACUUCGCCACCUGGCUCGUCUGCGGCCUGCCGGCGAGGGAGGAGCAGGUGAAGCAGGCGCCGCACAUCCGCGACGCCGUCUGGGGCUCCCUGCGGAACACCCACUCGUACACCGUGCUGCACUACUACUCCAACAUCUGCCGGCUGCUGCGGUUCGAGGACGGCAAAGAGAUGUAUGCCAAGUUCAAGCUUCGCCCGGCGGACAAAGACGUAUCGGAGGACUCCGGCCAAGUGGUGCCGCGGGGCAUCCUGCCGCCAGAGACCGGCGCCAUCCCGAGGGACGCCGACGACACGCGCCCGCUGCUCUUCCUCGCCGACGACUUCCGGCGCAAGGUGGAGGCCCCCGAGGGCGUGCGCUACGUCUUCCAGCUGCAGCUCAGGGAUGUCCCCGCCGACAGCGCCGCCCGUGACGCCGCCCUCGACUGCACACAGCCGUGGGACGAGGCCGAGUUCCCGUACAUCGAAGUCGGGGAGAUCAGACUCGCUAGCAAUGUCCCGACGGAGGAGACGGAGAAGCUAGAGUUCAACCCGUUCCUGCGGUGCCCGGAGGUGGACGUGAUUCCGGCGACGUCGUGCACGCAGAGCGCGUCCAUCGACCACGGGCGCUCGCUGGUCUACGAGAUCUGCCAACGCCUGCGGAACGGCGAGCCGCUGCCGGCGUCGUGGCGGGCGUUCCUGGACCAGUCGGACACCAAGAUCGACCUGUCAGGCUGCCCGGUCAUGGCGGCGACGCGCUCGAGCUCGAACGUCCGCCAUGCCGCCACCAAGGUGACGCUGGCGAGGACAUGGUACCAGGCGCUCUGGGCCACGCUGUGCCAGCCACUUCUGCAGACGCUCGUGCCGUACUUCACCAUGGGCCUGGUCAUCUUCCUGCCCCUCCGGGGCCUCCUCGCCGUGUCCACGGCCGUCGGCACGCCACUGUACUGGUCCCUGCCCGUCUUCUGGGUCACGUCGGGCGUCGCCGCGAUGGCCACCUGCGCCGCAGCGAAGUGGGCCCUGGUCGGCCGCAGGGCCGACGGCGACGCGGUGCACAUCUGGGCGCCGGCCGUGUUCCUGGACACGGUCUGGCAGGCCGUGCGCACGGCCGCCGGGGAGUACUUCGCGGAGCUGACGCCCGGGUCCGUGCUGUUCGCGGCGUGGAUGCGGGCGAUGGGCGCGUCCGUGGCGGCGGGCGACGGCGUGUACGUGGACUCCAUGGGCGCGCUGCUGAACCCGGAGAUGGUGCGGCUGGAGCGCGGCGCGAGCGUGGGGCGGGACGCGCUGCUGUUCGGGCACGUCUACGAGGGCGAGGGCGGGGAGGUGAAGUUCGGCGCGGUGCACGUGGGCGAGGACGGCUUCGUGGGCAGCCGCGCCGUGGCGAUGCCGGGCGUCAGGGUCGACGACGGCGGCUGCCUCGGCGCCCUGGGGCUGGCCAUGAAGGAGGAGAUCGUGAGGAACAGGAUGUAGCAGGGCAGCGAUUGAGGAAGGCCACGGGCAUCAUCGGUGAUGCAUGCAUUUCUUUCUCUUUGGGUUUGAGCUGCAGCGCUGCUGCUGUUCUGCGCUUCUAUAGUUUUUUAUUACUACUAUGUCUCUGAUAGUUAUACA